AUGCAACAAAUUCCAACUACUUUAUUGAAAUAAUUCAUUCAAAAUUUACCUUUAAGUGAAUUCUGUUUUGCUUAUGGUUCAGCUGUAUAACCUUAAUUUAAUUAUGAUUAUACAAAAAGUAAACCUAUGAUUGAUUUAAUUCUUGCUGUCGAUAACGUUGAAGAAUGGCAUCUCCAAAAUAUCCAAAUAAAUCCUACAGUAUUUCUAUUACUACAAUAUAGCAUUAUAGUGGAUUAAGUUAUUAUUUAGGUAGUAGAUUCAUUUAAAGAAUGAAUGUUGAAAUAUUCCCAAUUCAUUUUAGUCCUUUUGUUCAAUUUUAAGAUCUUUAAUUAAAAUAUGGUGUUGUAUCCUCCAAAGAACUUAUCAAAGAUCUUGAAAGUUGGAAAUGGCUAUCCAUUGCUGGACGUAUGCAAAAACCAAUACUCACCAUUUAAGAAUUUGAUAAUUUAAGAUUUCAAAGAGCUUAUAUCUCUAAUUUGUAAAGUGCUGUAGCCAUUUCUAUCUUAAUGGAUUUUAAAUCAUCAAUGUCAUUAUAAGAAUUACUCUAUAGUAUUAUGAGUUUAUCAUAUUAUGGUGAUAUAAGAUUUACAUUAGGAGGAGAAAACUAAAACAAAGUCUUUAAUAUUCUUAAAGGAAAUUAUAAAAAUAUUACAGAUCUCUAUCUAUCCAAUUUAGGAGAUCUAAAUAAUUUAAUCUAAAUACAAAAAGAUGGUCAUAUCUUAAUUGAUUAAAGCAUCCAAUCUUUGUAAUCUAUAUACACAUAUAUCUAGGGAAUAUCUGUGUUCAUUGAUACCUGGAUAAUUAUUAAGUAUUGUUUUAGGAGAAAAAGAUAAUAUGGGAACUUUAAAAAUGAUGAGUUAAGAUAAAAUUAAAGAACUCAUUAAAGAAAGUGUUAAAAGAAAAAAUCAAUUCUCUUCUAGACGCAUGUUGUUUUAUAAUUUAGCAAUGAUUUCUCCUUUCUUAAGUGUUAAAUAUGGAAUUUAGAAGUUAAGCAAACGCUUUAAAUGA